UCAAUCAAUCGCCGGACACCUCUCUCUCUCUUUCUCUCUGUCUGAUAUUCAUUUAUUUAAUUUUUGUGUGUGUUGAAAUCAAUCUAUCAUCACCGGAUUGUUGUGAUCUGCUACUACUUAUAUAAUCUCAAUUCUUACUUGUUUUCAUUCAGGUUUCCGAGUUGACCAUCUGUUUUGAUAAGUAGCCCGAGCUGCUUCCGGGCUCGGGCUCUAAUUAUGGAUUCAGAUUCUUCUUCUUCUUGUUCUCAUUCCGUCACCACAACCUCAACAACAACAAAAACAUAUGAUACGCCGCCUUAUCAUCUUCACAAAUCUCGCCUUUACGAGACUCCUUCGAACUAUUAUAUCAUUGGAAGCAGUAAAAACAAAUCCGUUUGGAGGGUCUUAAAGAUCGACAGGUCUGAAGCUUCCGAGCUCAACAUUGUUCAAGAUUCUACCGUCUACACUGAACCUCAAUGCGCCGAAUUGAUACAUAGGAUCAACGUUGGGAAUAAGUCUACUGGCGGGAUCAAACUUGUUACCUUGUGUUAUGGCAUUGUUGGAUUCAUAAACUUCUUGGGACCUUAUUACAUGCUGCUCAUUACUAAAAGAAGGAAAAUUGGUGCAAUUUGUGGUCAUGUUGUAUAUGCCAUCGCCGAGAGCAAGAUCUUCCCGAUUCCCAAUUCUACUAUUGCUCCCAAUGUGGAUCAUUCUAAGAAUGAGAACAGAUACAUGAAGCUCCUUAGCUCAGUGAAUCUUACAAAAGACUUCUUCUUCAGCUACUCCUAUCAUGUCAUGCAUAGUCUUCAAAAGAACUUGUCUGCUCAGGAAGCAGGUCAGGGUGCAAAUGAAACAAUGUUUGUCUGGAAUGAGUUUUUGACAUCUGCAAUCCACAAUCAGCUGAACAAUAAUAUCUGGACUGUAGCGCUGGUUUAUGGGUUUUUCAAGCAGGUCAAACUAUUAAUAUCUGGAAAGGAAUUCCACUUGACCCUCAUUGCUAGACGAUCUCGCCAUUAUGCUGGGACCAGAUACUUGAAAAGAGGGGUGAACGAGAAUGGCUGUGUUGCCAAUGAUGUUGAAACGGAACAGAUAGUGUUUGAAGAUGUUCCAGAAGGAUCUCCUGUUCAAGUUAGUUCCAUUGUUCAAAAUCGAGGUUCAAUACCCCUGUUCUGGUCGCAGGAAACCUCAAGAUUGAAAGUGAAGCCUGAUAUAAUUUUGUCAAAAAAAGAUCAGAAUUAUGACGCCACCAGGCUCCACUUUCAGAAUCUUUACAACAGAUAUGGGAAUCCAGUUAUUAUAUUGAAUUUAGUUAAGACUAGGGAAAAAAAACCCAGGGAGUCCCUUCUUCGCGUGGAAUUUGCUAACGCUAUCGAGUCGAUUAAUAGAGAUUUACCGCGGGAAAGUCGCUUGAAGUUUCUUCACUGGGAUCUAAACAAAUAUUCCAGAAAAUCUACAAAUGUGCUGGCACUUUUGGGUAAAGUGGCAACCUAUGCAUUGGACCUAACUGGCUUCUUUUAUUGUCGAGUAACCCCAAGUAGAAAGUCACAAAAGUUAUCAAAUCAAUCCGAAAACGGAAGUGGUGGAGAUCACUGUUUGCAGAACUGUGGUACUGAGAACAGUGAUGGUGACAUCUUGUAUAAUGUAUUUAGUGUUGAUAGCAACAAUGAAAGUAGGAAACUCAGUUCCAAGCCUCCUAAGUAUCAGACUGGGGUCCUGCGAACGAAUUGUAUCGAUUGUCUGGAUCGAACAAAUGUUGCCCAAUAUGCCUAUGGUUGGGCUGCACUUGGCCAUCAACUGCAUGCAUUAGGAUACCUAGAUGUUCCAACUAUUGGGUUGGAUUCUCCUCUAGCCGAUAAUUUGAUGGAAGUUUAUGAGAAAAUGGGCGACACACUUGCUCUACAGUAUGGUGGAUCUGCAGCUCACAAUAAGAUAUUUAGUCAGAGAAGAGGUCAAUGGAAAGCAGCUACCCAGUCCCAGGAGUUCUUCAGAACUAUACAACGCUACUACAGUAAUGCUUAUAUGGACGCUCAAAAACAGGACGCGAUCAAUGUGUUCCUGGGUCAUUAUCGCCCACAACAUGGUAGACCCGCAUUAUGGGAAUUGGACUCGGAUCGCCAUUACGUUGUUGGAAACGGUGGUUCUAGUUCAUUUGAGGAAAAUGCAAGGGCACCAUUUCAAAGGUCACUGUCAGAUGGCAACAUUAUCAGCGAUGCCACCUCACCCAUGGAUCGUGGACAGAGGAAUGGAGAGUCUGAGCAUUCAUAUCAUGAAGGACAAGAUAGUAGGAAGGGUUUAUCAGAAUCAUCACCUGAAAUCUCAACUUGUGAAAGUGAUUCAUCCUAUCCAAGGUAUAUGCCUGCAAUGUCUCGUCAGCAGCUUUUCCUAGAUGCCCAUGCUGAAGAUUAUCCCAACAGUGAUCGCAUAUUCUACAACAAACGUUUGGAUUCUUUUAACUGUUCAAAUUUUCUGGAUGUUGAUAUGAUUUCUUCAUCUGGAAAUUCAUGUGAAGAAGAACCAUACGAAAGGUCACUUCUCACAGGCUCCCCUUGUGGUGGUCAAUCAUCUGAAAAUUUAGUCAAUGGAACGGGCCCUCUACCAUGUGGUUCUGAAUCAUGUCUGCAUUUAAAAGAAGAAAAUCAAGGUGGUAGGAACCUUAGGGCAGGCGAAUACCCUGAUGAGUUUGUGAAAUGGGUUAUGGAUGGAGGAUUGCUUUUCCAUUGAUCAGUUUUGCCAUAAAUAAAAAAUAAAAAAUUCUUAUCGAUAAACCGAUUGAUUUUUCUCAUCCAAAGGAUGCAGAUUGCCCUUCAGAAAUAAAUGGUUGGAGAUAUACCAUAAAAGGAAUUUUCAUGAAAAUGUAAAAUCAUCCCAAAAAAAAAAAUUAAAAAGAAAAGAUAAGGAAAAGAAGUAUCCUGGUCGUGUCAAAACAACAAGGAAGUUGGGAUUUCCAGAGUCCCACCACGGUAGAAGGAAAAAAAAAAAGAUUGCUAUAGUCAGCAUUUAAAAAUCUUAGGAGAUGUGAAUUCUUGUAAAUAUUUUGUGCAUUAUUAUUGUAUUAUAUAUGGUCCUUGGUCGUGCUGUUGUCCACACUUACACAAUCAGUUAUUGAACAGUUUGAUAGACAUGUAAUAUGUUAAUGCUCUAAAACGCUUUCAACA